AAUCUGAAAGUUGAAAUUCUCAGAAUUGAAACCGAAAUCAAAACCAAUUAAAUGUUCUAAGGGCUAGUUUCGGGACGGAAACUAAUUUUAAAAGCUAAAAACUUUCCGAAAUGAAACUUAAAAAAUUGAAAUCGAAAUGGAUAGUAUUCUAAUUUAUAAGAUCCGGUUUCGGUCUGUUGUCGGGUAUACUUAUAAUAUCGCGACGAUCUGGGAAAAUAAUUAGUCGGAGAAAGAAAAAAAAAAAAGUAAAACAAAGGCUAACUCCAGAUAGAAGAAAAAUGUUGGGGCUGAGAAGUUUUCCAAAACCAGAUUCAUUUACCAGAAUCUACAAAACCCUAAUAACUACCAACUGUCCAAAUCUCGCCCUUUGCUCCCCUACUUUCCUAAAGCCCAUUUCUAAUAUAAAAUUCUAUGCAACUGCUACUCCUUCUGAUGUUAUUACAUCCUCAGUUGACUCUCCCUUUUCAGGAUUGGAGGAUGAUUUGGUGGGCUAUGUGUUGGGCAAGAAGAAGGCAACUGAAGUAGCCCAUUUGGUAUGGAAGCAUGUUUUACAAAAAGGGGACACAGUUGUAGAUGCAACUUGUGGCAAUGGGCAUGACACUUUAGCUCUGCUUAAAAUGGUGGCUGAUGAAUCAGGCAAUGGUCAUGUUUAUGGAAUGGAUAUCCAAAGUGAUGCUUUAGAUAACACCUCUUCUUUGUUGGAUGAAACUGUCACUUCUGAGGAGAAAGAACUUGUGAAGCUCUUCUCAAUCUGUCACAGUAGAAUGGAAGAAAUUGUUCCUGAAAAUACCCCUGUAAGGCUAGUUGCUUUCAACUUGGGAUACCUUCCAGGAGGUGACAAAGCUAUAACAACAGUUCCAGAAAAAACGUUGUUGGCAUUAGAGGCUGCAAAGAGGGUCUUAAUGCCGGGAGGGCUCAUCAGUUUAGUUGUAUAUGUGGGGCAUCCUGGUGGAAGGGAGGAAUUGGAGACGGUUGAAACUUUUGCUUCUGGGUUACCAGUUGAUGAUUGGAUCUGUUGCAAGUUCCAGAUGCUCAACCGACCAGUAGCACCAGUAGUAGCAUUCUUAUUCAAGAGAUGGAAGAAGAAUUAUGUUACUGAUGAUAAACAAUUUCUGUCACAUGGGACUGGUGUGUUAUGAUACCUUGGAUGUAUUUCUCUCUUUUUAUACUUUAGAUUUCCUGUAUUUUUUAUUUUUUGAUGAAAAAGCCUUGUAUUACGAAAAUCAGGAAAGAAUUAUAUCGUUCAGUAGAGGGGCAUUAAACUCAGUUGGAACCAUGAAGAAAGAUUCAUGAGAGAUGGAACUCGUUUUAUGUUUAUCUUUGAUUAGAAAAAAGAAAAUGAAGAAGAAAACAUGUUAUUCUUGUUA